UGCCAGGUACUGAUUGGGAAUAGGAUGGGCCAAGCGGUCUAGGGUUCGCGUAUAAAACUGAAGCUUUACACGUCUCCGUCAUACUGCUGUACACAGACUGCGUUACAGUAAGACAAGAUGCUUGGAAACGAUGUAUUUAUGUGCUUCAUCUUCUACAGCACACUGUUAAUUUUAAAGAUGUACAUCAUUGCCAUCAUCACGGGGCAAGUGAGACUUCGGAAAAAAGCGUUCGCGAAUCCUGAGGACGCCGUAAGACACGGAGGUGUGCAGUUUUGCCGCAUCGAUCCAUACGUGGAACGCUGUAUGAGAGCACAUCGCAAUGACAUGGAGAACAUUUUCCCCUUUUUGUUUCUUGGGGCUGUAUAUUCCGUGACUGGCCCCUCAUAUUCAGUAGCACGAAUCCACUUUCUGGUCUUCUUCCUGGGUCGAGUUCUUCACAGUGUGGCAUACCUGUUGGCCCUUAAACCACCGACACGUUCAUUUGCCUAUGUCAUCGCUCAGGUGCCUUGUGUUUCCAUGGCAAUACAGAUUCUAAUGGAUGUAGCAUCAUUUGCAUGACACUGACCAAAAUUGAAUUAUAUGAUAAUCGGUCAAGACUUUUCAGCAGUUACAACUGUGAUGCAGUAUGCUGCUUUGAUGACUUUUUCAUCCUUCUCAUCAGAAUUUACUUUUGACUUUGAGACCAGACUCAUGCCUUAUGACUGACAAAUAGUAGCUCUGCUCUUACAUUGCAAUGUCUAAUUAGGAUGUGUUACCAUGCAGAUGAAGGGUAUUUAAUGUCAUCUUCUCAUAAUUGUAUUUUUAUCAUUUUUAACAAUGAGGUUUGUAUGUACUCUUGUCAUAUUUAUAUACAGUAUUUGCUACAACAGGCCUUAUUCUCCUUGAAUGGACUUGAAGUCCAUAAAGAAGAAUUUAUACCUCAGAGCAAUGCAGUGACCAACAACUUUUCACUUUCCUACUGCAAAGUUUACACAAGCAAUAACUGCUGAGGUCAGUUCAUAGUCUACGUGACUGUUCAACAAUAGCUUUCCAAACUUGAAAAAAUGCCUCUGUUGUUAUGGCAUGUGAGCUCUUUUGAAAGUCCAGGCCUUUCAAAAUUAUUGUAGCGUUAAACAAAUGCUGCUGCACCAACAGUGCCCUUCCUCUUUGUCUGCCAAACUUUGGUUUUAUGGCAUUUCAAACACAGCCUCCAAUUCACAGUCGGGUGCUAUUGUCCUGUCCUCAAGAACACUGCUUUUACAAUACUAUAGGUUCAAGUUUCUGGUAAUUCAUCACACUGAACUUGUUAAAUUUGUGUUAAAUGUGUUUUUUUUUUUUUGUUCUUUUUUUUAAAGAAGACAUAACUUAUUUAACUUUUUAUAAUAACAUAUUCUUUUUGUUUAAGUUGCUAAAAACGUGUCGAGAAAAUCAUAGUUUUUAUAAUAAAUUAAUAAGGAAAGCUUUUGGGUGAGUGUGUCUUUGUAUGCAAAACAAGAGAUAGUACGUUUCUGUACAAAAAGGAAAGGAAAAAGAAUGGCAAGAAAAGACUAAAAAACACAGGUAAAAAAAAUUGUGUGUGUGUCUGUGUGAGAGAGACAGAGAGAUAAAGAGGAAUGUAAUUACCAAACAAAAAU